AUGGCCGAACGACGAAAAUUUGGCGACAUCGCCGUGGAUCUUUUGCUCUUCGCUGGAAUGAUGACAGCUGGUCUCUAUAUGGCACGGAACUUCCUGAAUCCGAUGCUGAGCAACUUGGCAGAUCCAGAAAAGGAAAGGCAUGAGCAGGCCCGGCGACAAGCAAAGGCACACUUGGAACGACUCAACCGUCGGAAGAUGGAAGAAGAUGAACAACAUGAUAGCAAUGGCCCUUGUCUCGAGAACUUGACGCUCAACGAAUACGAGAACCUGAUUGCUUUAGAGAUGAUAGGCCCAGAAGAUAUACGCGUAGGAUUUGACGAUGUCGGGGGACUUGACCUGAUUAUCGAAGAGGUUAGGGAAUCGGUCAUAUACCCUCUUACGAUGCCUCAACUAUACUCUCAUGCCGCCCCGCUGCUCUCGGCACCGUCCGGUGUGCUUUUUUUUGGGCCUCCUGGGUGUGGCAAGACGAUGCUGGCGAAGGCUAUCGCUCAUGAGAGUGGAGCGUCCUUUAUUAACUUGCACAUAUCAACCAUGACGGAGAAGUGGUACGGUGACUCAAAUAAGAUAGUCCGGGCUGUCUUUUCGCUCGCCCGCAAGGUGCAGCCCGCCAUCAUAUUCAUCGAUGAGAUCGACGCAGUAUUGGGAACGCGAAGGAGUGGCGAGCAUGAGGCCAGUGGUAUGGUGAAAGCAGAGUUUAUGACACUAUGGGAUGGUUUAACGUCGGCAGACGAAUCAGGUUUGCCUGCACGGAUUGUGGUGCUCGGUGCGACGAACCGAAUUCAUGACAUUGACGAGGCAAUCCUCCGACGUAUGCCCAAAAAGUUUCCAGUCCCGCUUCCCGGCCUGGAGCAACGGCGACGGAUACUACAACUGAUUCUGCAAGACACCAAGACCGAUGCCGACAGUUUCGACCUCGUGCAUGUGGCCAAGGUAACUGCGGGCAUGUCUGGUAGCGAUCUCAAGGAGGCAUGCCGAGACGCUGCCAUGGCACCGGGCGGCGGUCAUACGUUCAAGGUGCUACGAUAG